GGGGGGCAGAAGAGCUAAAUUAAGCGAACUUCCCCAUCUGGGCGUUCAGCUCUAGGCGAUGCAGCGAAGUAGGCUCCGACCUCCAGGGAUAAACUCCCCAUCUCCGUCAAGAAUGACUUCUAAGGAGAGAGGGGGAUGGCGGGGCCGAGGAAGCCAAGGACGCAGCUGUGAGGAAUGAACUUCCUAUCCCACAAAAGCUCAAGGCCGGGGAUCGAUAACCAUUUCAGAACAAGGCGGCCAUUACCUCCAGAGCAUAAGGGACAAUCUCCGUCUUCCCCCAUCACUAAGUCCCAGAAAGACCUGAGGGGGCAGCAGGAGCAGCACCCGGUCCCAUCCCUCAGAGUUCACGUAGGUGUCAGAAGUGGGAUCAGAAAACUGGGACCUUCCUGUUCUGCAGUUCUACGAGGAGCAGCCAAUCCUCCCUUCUCUGCUCCCGGAGCUCCUCUCUUGCUUUGCUGACCUCUGAUCCUUUGGAGAGCCGAAGCUUUGCGUCAGACUGAAAGGAGCCUUGCUUCUUCUCUGGGAAGUCCUUUUAGAACAGAAUGGUCCGUAGUGGCAAAAAUGGUGGUCUUCAUCUAAAGCAGAUUGCAUAUUAUAAGCGAACAGGUGAAUAUCAUCCAACUACAUUGCCAAGUGAGAGAAGCGGAAUAAGAAGAGCAGCAAAAAAGUUUGAAUUCAAAGAAAAAAAGCUGUUCUAUGUGGGAAAGGACAAGAAACAAAGCCGAUUGGUAAUUAUCUCGGAAGAAGAGAAGAGCAAAGUCCUAAGAGAAUGCCAUGAAAAUAACACGGGGACGCACCAUGGCAUCUCCAGAACUCUUACUCUAGUAGAGUCUGGCUACUAUUGGACAUCUGUGACCAAUGAUGUCAAACACUGGGUAUAUUCGUGUCAGCAUUGCCAAGUGGCGAAAAACUCCGCCGUCUUGGCCCAGAGAUAUCAGCCCCUUCCAGUGGAAGAGCCCUGGGCGGCGGUCACCGCGGACUUGAUGGGGCCCUUCCCGUCCAGCAGCCGGAGCCACGUGUACGCCGUCAUUGUGACCGACGCGUUCACCAAGUGGGUUGUGGCUUUGCCUCUCCGCGACGUGGCUGCAUCGGAAGUCUCUAGAGCCAUCAUUAGCCUGUUUUUCUUAUAUGGCCCCCCUCAGAGAGUAGUGAUGGAUCAGGGAGAUGAAUUUAUUAAUCAGAUCAAUGGAGAAAUCUUUGGGCUCUUUGGCACAAGGCAAAUGGUCAGUUUCUACCCAUCUCAACCAGAUGAUGCAAGUGAAAGAACUGCCAACACAAUUAAAAUGUUUCUUUCAAAAUACUGCCUCGACCAUCCAAACGAUUGGGAUGAUCAUCUACUAGCUAUUUCAUAUGCCUUCAAUUUGACUCAUUUGGAGCCUUCCAAAAACAUACCCUAUUUCCAGAUGUUUAAUCGAAAUCCAGAGGAGCUGAGAGCUUUGGAUAUGUUUCAUGAAGGGGAAGGCGAUAGCACAUGUAUGUUUGCCAAAAUUUUACGGGCAGUUAAAGAAGCUGAUAAGAUAAUGCUGAACAAGACAACACCAACAUGCCAAAUGGACAGCCACACUCAAGAUGAAGCACAAAGUAAAAGCAAGAUUAUCCUUAAAAGGAGACCAAAGCAGCUCAAUCCAUUUCACCUUAAAAUUGGACAUGAAGUUCUUCGACAAAGGAAAAAUUGGUGGAAGGAUGGACGAUUCCAUUCCGAAUGGGUUGGUCCCUGUGUCAUAGACUACAUUACAGAAAAGGGAUGUGCUGUUCUGAGAGACAAGACAGGUGCCAGACUCAAGAGACCUAUCAAAAUGUCGCACCUCAAACCUUACAUAAGAGAUUCUGGGGAACAAGACAGUCAUUAUCAUUUACAUGACCCAGUCGUGACCGAUCACGACUAUGUUGGCUUAGCCGAAAUUCCGAUUGGGUCCUACCAGCCAGAGAUUCUUGUAGAAGACGCGCCUCUCUGUGCAGCGGAUGAGAACCUGCCUGCACCAAACACGGGCCAGGAGCUGUCAGAAAGCAACAGCUCUAAAGUGUCUCGGCUCCUAGAAGAUGGUGCCGUCCAGCCUGUCCACUUAGAUCUUGGAAAGCCGGCCUUCAGUCUGUUGGACGCCUCUAGCCACGGCCUGGAAUAUCUAAGUUAGUUAAAUAAAUUCAUGCCAUGUUUGUUUAGAAUCCACAACCUCCUUUAUAGCCUUUGGCUCCCUGGGCUCAGAAAAUCUAUGUUCACACGCUAUUAAGUCCUGAGAUGGUUCUAACUAUUUAUUUAGUAAAAUAUGUAUAUAGGUGAAGGGUGUGUAUGCACAUAUAUGUGUACAUGCACAUGUAUAGAAAACACAAUUAUACUAUGUAUAUGUAUAUGAUGGCAAAUGUAUCUGAAACAUUUAUUAUGAAAAGUGUAUUUUCCCCCAGAAAAGUACCGGGUGUGUGUUUAAAGCACCAUCAUUUUAAUAAAAGAAAAUUAAAUUCCA